GGUUUUGCAUCGGUUUCUUUCGUCUGUUUCUGCCCUGCUCUAUUUUGUUCAGCACUGGUGAAGUCUGCACGCGAAGAGUGAAAAGAAGAUGGCCAGCAGCUCGGGCAGCCAUUGCAUUAACCCUGCAGGCAUCCGAAGGGGAGCUUGGAGCAAGGAAGAGGACGUGCUACUGCGAAGAUGCUUCGAGAAGUACGGUGAAGGGAAUUGGCACCUUGUUCCUUCAAGAGCAGGGCUGAACAGAUGCCGUAAGAGCUGCAGAUUGAGGUGGUUAAACUACCUUAGCCCCAACAUCAACCGUGGCCCUUUUGCACCGGAUGAGGAUGAUCUCAUAAUCAGAAUGCAAAGGCUUCUCGGGAACAGAUGGUCGCUGAUUGCUGGGAGAAUGCUGGGAAGGACCGCCAACGACAUAAAAAAUCGAUGGAACUCUCACUUGUGCAAGAAAAUGGUGGCCCAUCAACGGCCAAAGGAAGAGCCGCCAGUCCCUUCCGUUGUCGUCGUGAAGCCACAAGCUUACAGGCCUACUGUGAAAGCACCCCACUGGUUCAAGACGCAGCAGGUGCCCACAACAGAAGAGCCUGCAGACAACUUUACAGAAGAACAAUUCUGCUUCUCUAGCUGGUUCGACCCAUUCAGCAUUCAAGGAAGGGUAGAAGUUGGAAGAGGAGGAGGAGGAGAACUCGAGGCACCUCAUCAAACUGGAGAAGAAGCAUUAUUGCUUCCUGAAAUAUUGUUCGACUUAGAUGGCAAAGAAUUCCCUCUUCAAGCAACAACAGCUCCUACUCCAGCCGAACUUGAAUGGCUUCCCGAAAUAUUGCUCGACUUAGAUGGGAGAGAGUUGCCUCAUCAAGCGACAACUGGUCCUACAGAUCAGGGGGAACUUGAAUGGGACAAGUUAUUGUCAGAUCCGGAGUUUUGGAGCACUUUCGACAUUAGUGGUAGAACCACAGGUGCAGAGGCCCCUUCCGACUUGCCAAAAGAUGAUGAUGAUCCUGCGAUAUGAAGAACAAAAACGCUUGUUGAAAAAGAACAGGGGGCUCGCCCUUUAGAUAUCUCUACAACAAUCUUGGACUCUUUGCAUUGACGUCCGGUUUGAGGAAUGAUGAAAAUGAUAGUCAUGCAUCAUUAAGACAAGUCGUUAUGUUGCAAUUC